CAGGCAGAUUGCUUUUCUCAGGCGGUGUUGAGCAUAGCCGUGCUCGGUCGCUCUGAUUGUUUGUCGUCUCUGCUGAUCCGGCGCCCCGCUACCGAGAGCAGCCCCGCAGGGGAAAAAAACCUCCGAGAAUCAAGCCGAGUUUGUCCCCAACACUUCUGGGCUGAAAGCCAGCGCGUUUUUUUUCCAGCAUGUCUGUUGAACUGGAAGAAGCUGACCUGCCGCUGACCGAAGCAGAAGAGGCGCCUCUGGCUCCGGAAAAGAAAGGGGCGGCCAGGAAAGCCAAAGGUGGCGUGUCGGCACUGUCUCCAUCCAAGAAGAAGAAAAACAAUAAGAAAAAGAACCAGCCUGGCAAGUACAGUCAGCUAGUGGUGGAAUCCAUCCGCAAACUGGGCGAGCGUAAUGGCUCCUCGCUGGCCAAAAUCUACAACGAAGCCAAGAAAGUGGCUUGGUUCGACCAGCAAAACGGGCGGACCUACCUCAAAUACUCCAUCAAGGCGCUGGUGCAAAACGACACUUUGCUCCAAGUGAAAGGCACCGGCGCCAACGGCUCCUUCAAGCUCAACAGGAAAAAGCUGGAGGGGGGAAGCGAAGGAGGCGCCGGAGGAGGCGGUGGCGGCGGCGGCUCCCACGCCAAAUCCCACAAGAAGGUGGUCGUCGUCGCAUCCACUUCGCGAAAGGUCGAGAAGAAGCCCAUCGCCAAGAGCAAGAAGCUGGAGAAGAAAUCGCACAAGAAAGGCGCGGGCGGCGGGACCCCCAAGAAAGAGAAGGUGAAAGCGAAGAAAGCCCCCAAGAAGAGCGUGGCUUCCCCCAGCGCCAAGAAGGUGAAAAAAUCGGCCAAGCCCAAGGCUCUCAAGAGCAGGAAAUGAGACUGGCCGGCCUCCGACUUGGAGGGAAGAAGAUGCCGCCUCCGUUGUCUUUCGCCCCGAGACGACACUUGACUUUUAGCUCACAAGCACAGAGCCAUGUUUCCAGCUUUGAUAUUUUCUUAAUUUUUUUGUCUUUUUUGGCCCUAUUCCUGCGCCAUUUCUUCCCUCGGAAGGGCGAGCCUGUGUAAAAUAGCACUUCGCUUUCAACCACAGGAGAUCAUUGGGACAUUUUGGAUCGUUGGAAAGGGGUUGUUACCUUCAACCUCGCCCCCUUUUUC